CAAUACAUUUGGUUUAAUAAAAAAACAAAAAAAAAGGUACUACUCAAUACAUACUACGAGUAGCUAGAGGAAACAUACGGGUCCUCAUAAUGGGUUGCAAUUAGCUGGAUGGAAAAUGAAGGCCCUUUAAUUAAAUCGGGCCGACCGGGUCAAAUCACUAUAACUCAAGUAUUUUUUAACCUGUAAUACAAAUGUACAUGUAUAUAUAAAGCCCUACAAUUCCCCUUUUCUUAAUCAUCCAACACUCUAUUUCUCCCCUUUCUAACACAUAAGAUUACACUACAUUGCUUGUUAUGUCAUAGUGGAAACUAUAUAUUAUACGAAGUACGGAGUAUUAUUUUUAUGUUACGAAGACCACACCAUGAACUUCCUUAGAAAUAUGCUUGUUUUUCUUUACGUUUAUGUAUUGUUGUUACUUUCUCUUUCGGUCUCAGCUAAACCAGCAACAUUUCAGCAAGAUUUUAAGGUCACUUGGGCUGACACUCAUAUUAGGCCUGUUGAAGGAGGAAGAGCAAUUCAACUUAAGCUUGACCAAUCUUCAGGAUGCGGAUUCGCCUCGAAGUAUAAGUAUCUAUAUGGACGUGUGAGCAUGAAAAUCAAGCUUGUUCCAGGAGAUUCAGCUGGAACUGUUACUGCAUUUUAUAUGAAUUCAGACACAGACACUAUACGUGAUGAAUUGGAUUUUGAGUUCUUGGGAAAUAGGACGGGCCAACCUUAUACGGUCCAAACAAAUGUUUUUGCUCAUGGAAAGGGAGACAGGGAGCAAAGAGUUAACCUUUGGUUCGAUCCUUCCGCAGAUUAUCACACAUAUACCAUUCUUUGGAACCACAAACACACUGUAUUUUAUGUGGAUGAAGUUCCAAUAAGAGUGUACAAGAAUAAUGAAGCAAAAGGAAUCCCAUAUCCUAAGUCACAACCAAUGGGAGUGUUUUCCACUCUAUGGGAAGCUGAUGAUUGGGCGACACGAGGUGGAUUGGAAAAAAUUGAUUGGAGCAAAGCCCCAUUCUAUGCUUACUAUAGGGACUUUGAAAUUGAUGGUUGUCCUGUGCCAGGACCAAUGACUUGUGCCUCAAAUCUUCGUAACUGGUGGGAAGGUGCAGCUUAUCAAGAGCUAACCCCUAUGCAAGCACGAUUGUAUCGUUGGGUUCGCCAAAACCACAUGGUUUACGACUAUUGCAAUGACAAAUCGCGUUUCCCUGUUCCUCCCCCGGAGUGUUCGGCUGGAAUUUAUUAAUCAGAAUGCAUAUGUAAAUCGCAAAAAUAGUGAUUUUCACAUCUCAAAGUUUGAAUACUCUCUUAUAAGAGAGACGUUUAGGUACCACAUAUUUGUAUUCAAUUUAUGUUCGUACUACGUAUCGUGUAGUACAUGGAAAAAUAUGCGAGAUAUCGAUUGUAUACUUAUGUGUAAGCAAAUUACUGUGGAGUAAUGAAUAUGAUUUUAUUAUUCAAAUUGAUGUCC